AUGGCAACUACCAAAGUAGCCAUCGCCGGCGCCACCGGCAACCUCGGCCUCCCCAUCCUCAACAAAGUCCUCUCCGCCGGCUACCCAGUAACCGUCCUCACACGGAAAGGCAGUUCCAACACAUCCAAACUCCCUCAAAACUCCGCCAUCACCAUCCGAGAAGUCGACUACUCGGACGUGGCAUCUUUGACCUCAGCACUCCAAGGAAUAAACGUAGUCGUCUCCGUCCUAGCCACAGCCGUCGUCGGUGGACAAACACCACUCAUCGAGGCCGCCGUUGCCGCCGGCGUGAGCAGAUUCAUCCCAUCCGAAUUCGGCAGCAACACCGUCAACCCAAACGCGGCCCAACUGCCCGUGUUCAAGGGCAAAGUGGAGACAUUGGGCGUUUUGAAAUCAAAGGUCCAAAGCAACCCAGGUUCUUUCAGUUAUACUCAGAUCAUCAACGGCCCCUUUUUCGACUGGGGUCUCGAGCACGGGUUCAUCAUCAACCCGGCCAAACACACCGCGGACAUCUAUAACGGUGGAGACGUGUAUUUUUCCACCACGACUCUCGACACUAUCGGUGACGCUGUGGUGGGAGUCAUUCGCAACCUUGACAAAACUGCAAACAGGCCCCUAUAUAUCCAGGAUGCACGCGUCACUCAGAAUCAAUUGAUCCAAUAUGCUAAGGAAAAGGACGGCAAGGAAUGGUCCAUCACGCAUAAGGAUACUAACAAGGUCAGAGAGGAGAGUUUUAACGAAUUGAAAAAAGGUUCAGAUGGUAAUAUUGGUGCCGCUAUGGUCGGGUUCAUUCUUUCUGCCAUUUUCGAUCCUGAGUAUGGUUCCGAUUUUGAGGGGAGUUUGGACAAUGACCUGCUGGGGAUUAAGGGGUACAGUGAUGAUGAGGUCAGGAAGUUGGUGGAGAGGUUCUUGUAG